AGCUAUUAAAAUUAUACAACAUUUUAAAGAGAGUUAAUCUAGUUUAGAUAUUCACACAGAACGUAUCCAGCUCUUAAAUGAAACUUCAACUGCUGUGUACAUUUAUUUUUUUAAGCUUGUUAAAAUUUCAAGCGGUUAAUACAGACUCCAAUAAAACUGAAGCGAAUUCAUGUGUAAGAAGUGAUAACAAUUCUAACGAUGAAGAUGAUCUGUGGCAUUGCAUUCGGAUUUGUUGCCCCCGGAAGAAUAUGAUGGCCGAUGGCGGAUGUAGUUUUAAGGAGCAUCUUUUCCGGUCAAAACUUGAUUUAAGCAUAAGACUCGAUGACAAUUCGACAGAGGCCCUGUGUUUCAACAAUCAAACACUGCUAAUAACAUCGUUUUGGGAUAUCGAUGAAAUGAUCGGCCUGAGAAGAGAUGAGUACACGUUGUACAAGAACGGAACCAUAUUCCUUCACUCCGACCAGAGUUCAAAGACCAAAGAAGAAUAUUGCUUUUAUCCCCAUCAGAUUUACUCGGACUUCCCAGAAACGAUUUGGAUUAUUUUACACAAGUUUUCGUCGAUAGAUAUACCAGGAGCUUACGGGCUCACAUCAGUUUCGCUAAUAUGCUAUAUCUUCACAAUCGGCAUUUAUCUUUUUGUGAAAGAACUACGAAAUGACUUUGGAAAGUGCAUUAUAAGUUGCUUAUUCUGCAUAUUUAUUGUCUACCUAAUCUGGCUUAUAGAUGAACUUAGAUUGAUGGAUGACUUUUGCUCACUGGCAGGUUAUAUCUCGUACUUCUUUGAUAAUGCCACUUUCCUUUGGCUCUCUGUAAUCAGCUAUUGUUUAUGGAAGAAAGUCACAUCGGUCGAUCGCCAAGAACAUCGCUAUCAGUUUAUGUUCCACAGUAUUUUUGUCUGGGGUGGAUCUGCUAUCCCACUUGGGAUCAUCUUUUCGAUGAAUCAACUUUGGGAAGAGGAUCUCAGGAAAUGGAACUGGUUGCCCUUAGUUGGUUUUAGUAGAUGCUCGGUGGAAGUUUAUAAGUGGUCUUCCUGGUUUUAUUAUGCGGGGCCCUCUUUGACCUUAUGUACCAUUAACAUAAUUAUGUUCGUUCUGAUCAUCAAACACAUUUUGAAAAUAAAAAGAGAAAUAAACAACUUAGCCAAACGACAAGACAGGACCACAACUUGCCUUGCUGUCGACUUUCAACAGUUAGUCCUUUAAACUAGGAGCUUAUUAUCCAUAAAUAGAUUAAUAUCAUAUUCCUAUUCAAGGUACAUAUCGUUCCUGCGAAUCUUUUCCAUUAUGGGCCUAUCUUGGAUUCUGUUCUUCGUUACCCUUCUACAGUGGAGUACCAACUUUUGGAAAUUUCUCGUUAUAUUAAUCCGAAGUUUUCACUGCGGUUUCGGGAUCAUUAUAUUUCUGAUGCUAAUUUUUAAGCGCAGCACUUAUCGUCUCCUCAUGAAUAAGUAA